UCAGUUUGACACUGCUGCUUAUUUUAUACGGCAGUACGAACUACGAAGUAGUUAAGUACUAUUGCGGGGUACAUGAGUGUUGGCAGUGGCACCUUAUAUGGCAGAGUCAGUAGAUAAUUAUUGUUGUCCACCUUGGAACUUUUCGUGGAUCGUUCAGAAUGAAUUAGCUGGAAUGGCAUGGCCACAGACCGCUGCGAAUAUUCGUUUCUUGAUUAAUGAGGGAAUAAAACACAUUGUAACACUAUCUCCAGAGAAGAAACCUCCUGUUCACGCAUUUCCAGACAUCGCAUGGACAGAAAUUCCCAUAAAAGAAUUUCGAUCGCCAUCGAUAACCCAGAUUAAAAAGUUUAUAAAAAUUUGCGAAUUAGCUUUAAAAAAGAGUGAGCCAGUAGGUGUCCACUGCCGAAUGGGACGAGGAAGAACAGGUGUAAUGGCAGCAUGUUAUCUUGUGAGGUUUCAUGAUUUAUCGCCAGAGAGAGCAAUAACAAACGUUAGACUCAUGCGACCUGGGUCUAUAGAAACAUAUGAACAAGAAAAAGCUGUAAUUGCAUACACUGAUUAUCUUCGCAGCAGUAAUGAGCUAGCAAAUCUGACAAUGCACAUCCACAGAUGGUCAAUUAUAUGCAAGAGCUCCUGUGGGGUUUUGGACGGGAGUGUUUGAUCAUUCACCAUACUGCCUGGAUUUGGCACUGAGUGACUACCCCUUCUUCGCAGCAACGAAGAUACAGCUUACUACACAAUACUUUGAUGCUGAACUGCACACUGGUAUAAUCCAGUGGCUGCAAUCACAAGUGGCAAAUUUUUACAGACGAUACUGAAAAACUUUUACCACAGUGUAAGUGUCUCAAUUUCAGUGGCGAUUAUGUAAAAAAGUAGCUGAAGAGUGUACCUUUAAUGUGUAUGUAAUAAAAUUUGGUUUGUCCAUA